CCGCGCGGGGCCUCCUUCCGGCUGGCGCGCCCGGGACGUGACCUCGCGGGCGCGCGCCGGAGCCACCUUGGGGGAGGUGCCCGCGCCCCCUGCACAGGAGGUUCCACUCCCAGUGUGGGCUUUGAACUCAAGACCCUGAGAUCAAGAGUUGCAUGCUCUACCAACUGAGCCAGAUGGGCGCCCCUCUCCUGCAUGUCUAAGCUGAUUCACUCUGGGGGGAGCCCUGUGCAGCCGCUGCUGCCGCCUUGGAUCUGACAUCUGGAGGCUGAAUUCCAGAAGGAGAGAGCCAGAUUCCUGCAAGCAGAUGCCAACUUUGAAGGUCAAACUAAGCGGUGGAGCUGCUUUAGGAGGAGGCCCAGAGCGUCCAACACUGCCCCACCCCAGGAUUCUGGAAGAGAGAAAUCACAAGUAUGCGAAGAGGCAGGCAGAGAAAGAGAGGGGGAAGCAAGCUCCCUGCUGAGCAGAGAGCCCCACUUGUGACUUGAUCCCAGGACUGUGGCAUCAUGACCUGAGCUGAAGGAAGAUGCUUAACCAACUGAACCACCCAAGUGCCGCUUUCUCUGCUCGGUGGAUCCAAGAGAGGGCGGGCAGUGAGGAUGCGGGAGCAACAUCUCUGAAUGAGACUCACGGAGGGGUCGUCCCUGCAAGGACAGAGCGUGGACGUUCACCCAGACAUGGGCGGAUGGUGGAUGACAGCCUUGCCAACAUUCCAUUGACCCCUGAGACUCAGCGGGACCAGGAGCGGCGGAUUCGGCGGGAGAUCGCAAACAGCAACGAGCGGCGACGCAUGCAGAGCAUCAACGCGGGCUUCCAGUCCCUCAAGACCCUCAUCCCCCACACAGAUGGAGAGAAGCUCAGCAAGGCAGCCAUUCUCCAGCAGACGGCAGAGUACAUCUUCUCCCUGGAGCAGGAGAAGACCAGGCUCCUGCAGCAAAACACACAGCUCAAGCGCUUUAUCCAGGAGCUGAGCGGCUCAUCCCCCAAGCGGCGGCGGGCCGAGGACAAGGACGAGGGCAUCGGGUCGCCAGACAUCUGGGAAGACGAGAAGGCGGAGGACUUGCGCCGGGAGAUGAUCGAGCUGAGGCAGCAGCUGGACAAGGAGCGCUCGGUGCGCAUGAUGCUGGAGGAGCAGGUGCGCUCGCUGGAGGCACACAUGUAUCCGGAAAAGCUCAAGGUGAUCGCCCAGCAGGUGCAGCUGCAGCAGCAACAGGAGCAGGUGCGGCUGCUGCACCAGGAGAAACUAGAGCGGGAGCAGCAGCACCUGCGGACCCAGCUCCUGCCCCCUCCGGCCCCCACCCACCACCCCACAGUGAUCGUGCCCGCGCCACCCCCUCCCUCCCACCACAUCAACGUCGUCACCAUGGGCCCCUCCUCGGUCAUCAACUCUGUUUCCACGUCCCGGCAAAAUCUGGACACCAUUGUGCAGGCGAUCCAGCACAUCGAGGGCACCCAGGAAAGGCAGGAGCAGGAGGAGGAACAGCGGCGAGCGGUCAUCGUGAAGCCAGCCCGCAGCUGCCCAGAGGCCCACGCCUCUGACACCGCCUCCGAUUCGGAGGCCUCGGACAGCGACGCCAUGGACCAGAGCCGGGAGGAGCCAGCAGAGAACGGGGGGCUUCCCUGACCACCCCCCAGCCCUCCUCUCCCUUCCUGGGGCUGGAGGGGGCCGGGGGGGGGCAGCAACAGGGAGCGACGCAGGUGAACGAGUGAGGAAUUUUUACAAAAUUAUGAUGUCAUUUGGGUCUCUUUUAUGACCUCUUUUUCAAUACUGUAAAUCCACCUUUGAGUGAAGCCACCUGGCCUGAGGUCCCGGGGACUGGGGUGGCAGGAGCUCGUGGGAGCACCGGGACACCUGGGGCUGGGCCUCGCCCCAGAGGCUGGGGGAAGCUGACACAGCCUGGCCUCUCUCCGCCAAAAAGCAUUUUUUCAUUUCAACGUGUUUUUAAGAACAGGGAAAAUCAAACAAAGCCCCAAGGUAUUCUGCCCUCCCCAGAGCCAGCCUGAGACCGUCAGUUUUUGACUCUUUCCCUCCUCUUUGUUUUUUUUCCUUUCUCCUGUAAGCACUUACAUGGGUUGGGGGUCUGGCUGGGUCGGGGCUCUCUGGGGGCCCGGGAGUCUACAGUGCUUCUCGGUUGGGGUUUGCUGCUGCCCUUCUCCCCUCCCCUCCCGGCCUCGGCUCAGCACGAGGAUUUGCCACUCCCCAUCACCACCCAGCCCCACCUCUCCCUCCGGAUUUCCCAUCUUCUACCCCAAAAAUGUCUUUGUCUCUCUCUUUUUGUUUUGUUUGUUGUUGGUUCUUUUUGGUUUUGGUUUCGUUUAUCUUUUUUGUUUCUUGUUUCUUGGUUUUGUUUUUUUUUUUGUUUUGCUUUUUUAUUUUGAAAAUUUUUUUUCUUACAAUUUUGAGGUCUUUGUGUUCAAGGAGAAACUAUUAUAUUUUGUUAAGAAAGUGGGGGGAAAAACCAAGAGGCCACCGUGCCUUUAUAAAGAAACAAAAUAAAGUUUGUACUUUGUUUUUUA